AUGUCUUUGAAUUCUAGCGUCAAACCUCUAGAACUCGCCAAAUCGGAAAUAGAUUCUGAAUUUGGCAUCAAAUUUCAAAAACUCAUUAAAGAGAAGAUGUCUUCAUCUACCAAUCAACAAUUGUUGGCAUUUACAUUGAUUCCGAUAGUUCUUGGUGCAUAUUAUGUCGGAAUUUCCUCUCUGGUUUCAAUUUUCGGUCCACCUUAUGCAUUCCACAAACUCUCCUCCUCAAUCGUCGUUGUUCCAUUGUGCCUCUUCGUUAUCGCGUACGGUACUACCUGGAUGUUUUACUUACUCUUUGCCCAACACGACAGGGAAUUUUUUCUUCCUUACGAACCCCAAAGAAUCAUAAAGUUCAACCUCUUGUUUUUUAAUAUGUUACUGGGUUUAAGGAUUCAUAUUUCGUUGUUCUCGGAAUAUGUGUACUUGAAUCUUUUUGUUUUGGGCAAAGAAAUCAAAUAUGUCGCAAAGAAGGACAUCCCUUACGGAAGCAGAGUAAUGACGAAUAAAAUCGACGUGUAUAUGCCAGAGACCUCUACGAAAUCGGUUAAAGCUGCUCGUCACCCCGUAAUCGUGUUCAUCUACGGAGGUGCCUGGAGUUCGGGUAAUAAGUUAACGUACACCCUUCUUGCAUUGCGAUUAACACAACUGGGUUACGUGGUGGUGGUGCCAAAUUACACUCUGUAUCCCAAAACAAAAAUUGAAGGAAUGUUAUCGGACAUCAAACGUGCCUUAUGUUGGACGAAACAAAACAUCAGCGAUUUUGGUGGAGAUCCAAACAACAUUUAUGGAAUGGGUCACUCGGCAGGUGCCCAUAUGCUGGCUUUGCUGACGGCUAACGAUGCGAUUUAUAAAUUACGUAACAACGAGGAAAAAGCGGAUCCCACGCUGCAAGACAUCGAUCCCGAAUGGACAUUACCUAAAAUUUCUGGGUUGAUUUUAAUGUCAGGCGUUUAUGAUAUACCAAAACAUUACAAAUUUGAAGCUCAUAAAGCAGUCGAAGAAAUUUCUGCAAUGAGGAGAGCCAUGGGUUGGUCAAAAGAAUCACUUGUUAGAAAUUCACCUAAAUUGUUGAUCCAGAAUUUAGUUGAGAGCAAAGAAGUCGAUGUGUGCCAACUAAAAAAUUUGAUGCCUCAAAAGAUUUUGAUUAUACACGGGGAACUGGACACAAUGGUUCCAGUACAGGCGUCUAUCGAAUUUGGUUCAGUCCUGAAAGACCUAUCAAUUGAAAAUUUGAAUAUCAAGAUCUACCCAGACAUGGCACAUUCGGAGCCUGUCACUAACUUCAUGAAGAAGUUAAAAUUUACUACCGCAUUGUCAUCCGAUCUAACUGAUUUUAUCGCAUCUUGA